CUCAGCGUCCGUGCUCGGGAUCGGCGAAAAACACCCGCUUGUCCGACGCGGCCCUCUGCGGUUAGGAGGAUUCGCAUGCUCGCUCUGUCCGGCCCUGGCGAGGUCGACGACGAUGAGCGGCGGCAACGAGUUCCGGUUCUUCCUGUCGCGCGACAUCAAUCUCCCCGUUACCUUCCGGGUCAAGAACCGGGAAGGCGCUCUGCCUCCUAAGCGCUCGCCAAACCCAGAGAUUGAUCAUGCCGCGGAGGAGAGAAAGGCAGAGCUCUACGUUGAGUGCUCUCUGUACAUUGACGGUGCCCCAUUUGGUCUUCCCACUAGAACGAGGUUGGAAUCUGCAGGGCCACCAUAUUUUUGGAAUGAACUCAUCACUCUGAGUACUAAAUAUCGAGACUUAACUGCUCACUCACAACUUGCUUUAACAGUCUGGGAUGUUUCUUGUGGAAAAGAGGAGGGGUUGAUUGGUGGGGCUACGGUUCUUCUAUUUAGCAGCAAAAAGCAGCUCAAAACUGGGAAGCAGAAGCUUAGAAUUUGGCGAGGAAAGGAAGCUGAUGGCUCAUUUCCAACAAAUACUCCUGUAAAGGUUCUGCUUGUUUCAUGUUAUGCUGGUGAUUACAACUUUCAGAUGGGGCACGAAAGCAAUGAUGAUUUUGGGUACUUGCAAUAUGUUUUUAGGUCCCUAACCGUGAUAUGA